UGGUUUCCAUCUUCAUGUGCAAACUGUGCAACCUGUUUUCCCCAAGUCAAGAUGAGUUACUAACUCAUGUCUCUGAGAAACAUGCUGAGGAAGGUCUGGCUUCAGAUGAUCUUAUUGUUCCAUUACGGCCUCUUCCUGCAUCUGAAAACACUGAGAGAAAUGAAGAAGACAGAACAGAUCCUGAAGUAGAGUUGGAUGAUGAAAGAGAAAGAUCAAUGAAAAGACCACGCUUACAAAAGAAUGAAAAUUUGACAUUUAAGGAUCUUGAUCAAAAUUCAGGAGGAAAGAAGCCAAUUAUCAGUGUAGUUCUUGCAGCACAUGAAGCUAUUCCAGGUGCCACAAAGAUUAUUCCUGUAGAGGCCACACCAGCUGAGGAAACUGCAGCAGCUGAUCCAGAAACUAUUGGCCAAGAUUCAUCUUUACGCAAGGGUUACCAGGAAUAUGCUAUACAGCAAGCACCAGUGGAACUGCCUCAGAAUUCUUUCAGACAAGGGACCACACAGCUGAAGAUUUUUACCUGUGAAUAUUGCAAUAAAGUAUUUAAAUUUAAGCAUUCACUUCAAGCUCACCUCAGAAUUCAUACCAAUGAGAAACCUUACAAAUGUUCACAAUGUGACUAUGCCAGCACCAUCAAGGCGAACCUUAUUGUCCACAUACGUAAACACACGGGGGAAAAGUUCAGCUGUGACUACUGUGCCUUUACCUGCCUCAGCAAAGGGCACCUGAAAGUGCACAUUGAACGUGUGCACAAAAAGAUCAAGCAGCAUUGCCGAUUCUGUAAAAAGAAAUACUCUGAUGUCAAGAACUUACUCAAGCACAUCCACGAGAGCCAUGACAUGGAUGAAGAGAAAGUCAAAGAGGUCUAUGAUGAGCUGCGCCUGCUAACGAGGGAGGGCAAACGGCAACUGCUGUAUGAUUGCCAUGUGUGUGAGCGUAAGUUCAAAAAUGAAUCAGACCGUGAUCGGCAUAUGCUGGUCCAUGGCGAUGACCGCCCAUUUGCCUGUGAGCUCUGUGAUCAUGGUGCCACAAAAUACCAUUCACUGGAGGCACAUGUUCGCAAGCAUAAAUUUAUCUACAUUUGUUCAGUGUGCACAAAGAAAUUUGUCAGCUCUGUCAAGUUAAAAUGUCAUGUCAAGGAUGCUCACAGUGACUUGGGGGAGGAUUCUGUGUUCAAUGACUCCAUUAAUCAGAGCUUCUAUCUUUUGGAGUCAGGAGGUGACAUUCAGCCAGAGGCCUUGGAGGAUGCUGUUGAUGGUACAAACUUCAGUGGCUGUGACCAAGAUGUACAUGGGCACCAAGUUCUUGUAGAACUUGAAAAUGAAGGUGCAAACAUUCCCAUACAGACUCUGACUCGACAAGAAGAAAUUAUGCAGGUCCAUUCGGAGAAUGUUGACAAUCCUUCAGAUGGUCCCAAGGCCAUCCAACAUGAAGAAGUUUCUUUGGAUGAAAGCAACAUGCCAUCAAACAAUGAGCAUAGGUCUGUGGAUGAGUGUAAGGGUGAAAUCUUGCCAGCUUUACCUCUCAGCAGUGACACUGUGGUAGAUUCUGAAAGCACAAACCAUCGGUCUAGUUCCACAGAGCAGGAUGGUACUGAUUCCCUCAAAGAGUAUGAAUCUUGUGUUGUCGAAAAUGAAAACUCAUUUGAAAUGGUCCAGCUUGAUGGGGCUAAAGAUUUGUGCAAUUCAACUGGUACUCAUUUGACUUUUGAGAAAAUUCCAUCAAGAACAGAAGCUCAAAAGGAUAGUGUAGAUCUUGGAGCCUUCCAGCAAGUACUUGACAGCUUGCAGAAGAGACAACUGAAUGUCAGUCUUUUUGAAAAGAUCAGGAAGGUCUAUGGUGAUCUGGAAUGUGGAUACUGUGGAAAAUUAUACUGGUACCAAGUCCAUUAUGAUAUGCACAUUCGGACGCACACCCGGGAGCACCUGUAUUACUGCUCUCAGUGCAGCUACUCCUCCAUCACCAAGAACUGCCUCAAACGUCAUGUCGUGCAGAAACACAGCAACAUCCAGCUGAGGUGCUCAUCUGAGGGAUGCAGUUACACAACUGCGGACAAGUACAAGCUUCAGGCACACCAGAAAAACCAUGGUGAACUGGAGAGGAAAACUUAUACUUGCCCAGUAUGUGAAAAAUCCUUUUCAGAUGAUCGUCUUAUCAAGUCUCACAUCACCUCAUAUCAUCCAGAGGUCCCUAUGAGCACUAUCUCAGAGAUUCUGGGGAAACGAGUACAACUAAAAGGAUUGAUUGGAAAGCGAGCAGUGAAAUGUCCUUAUUGCGACUGCUAUUUCCGGAAGAAUGGUACAGAUUUGCAGCGUCAUAUUUGGGCACAUGAAGGUAUGAAUACAAACACACUCACCAUAUACCUUAAUUGUAUUCUUUCUCCCAAAGCCACUGUGCAUGAGAUGCGAGAAUUUACAGAAGCAGUUGUGGUUGAGAGCAGUGCAGAGCAGGAGGGUUCAGUGAGCCUGGGCAGGGACAAAACCUAUGAACUGAGGCAGGUAACCCAGAGCCCUCCACUGGCCAAGUUCAACCUGGAUCUAAAGACUGCAGCACACCAAAAACAGAGUUCAGACAUUUGGGAGAAAUGA